GAGGAUGCGCGGUCUGGUUUAUCUAGAAGGGGCAGGAGUCCCGUCUUGGGAGUGGGCCGUGUGCCGGGCCGGGGAGUCAGGCCUGUCGGGGGCGGGAGCCGGUCCGGGGGGUCCGGCAUGUAGGAGGGCUGCUGGUAGAGUGCGGCGUCCGGCCUACUGUCUGUACGAUCACACAUCUCCCAGGUCCUGAGGCCUCCGCAAGCUGUGCUCCCACAAUGGCCAAAUCCCUGCUACAGUCUGGAGCCUCAGCUCGGGAUUCUGCUCUGGCCGCUGCUCUGAGGGGUCUGAUUAACAAUUCACAGUUCAGCGAUGUUUCGUUUGUGGUGGGGAAGGAACGGAGGGUGAUCCACGCUCACCGGUGUGUCCUGGCUUGCCGCUGCAAAGUAUUCCAUACAAUGUUCAGCCAUCAGCUACAGGCAGCGCAGUCCCUCCACGAGUUGCAAGUCCCCUUCGUCUUGGCAGACAUUCAGCCUGACGUCUUCCUGGCAGUCAUAGAAUUCAUUUACACCAAUACCGUGACGCUCAACAGUGCGAUCGCGCUGGAAGUUCUCACGUCGGCGGUGGAGUACGGGCUCGAUGACCUGAGGAAGAUUUGCGUGGCCUUCAUCAGUAAGACAUUGACUGCGGACAUGGUGUGUGAAGCAUUACAGGCCGCAGUCACCUAUGGACAGACAGACCUGAAGCAGAGAUGUCUGACGUUCAUUGAGCACCACACUCGGGAAAUCAUUAAGACGCAGAGUUUCCGGGAGCUGUCAGACCUGGGAGUUGUGUGCAUCCUGCAGAGCGACCGACUGAAUAUAGAUGAGGUUCCUCUUAUCCAGGCCGUGCGGGGAUGGGCCAACGUCAGCUCAGCGGUUCUUGAUGUGUCGGUGUCCGUGGUCGCACAGGAUGUAGUCCGGGAACUGCGCCUCUGCCUCCUGUCCCCAGAUGAACUUACGACUCUUGAGAGAGAGAACGCCAAGGAUGAGCUCAUCCCGGAGAUCCAGAUUGCUCAAACAUGGAAAUUCCAUGCUUUGAAGAAAAUCGGCGACUACCAGCCUCAUCUGUUCCGGCGUAGGAAAGGAACGCUGGCCAGAGACCAUCACAGUUACCUGGACAGUUCAGCUAAGUGAGGCAGAGAGGGUCACCUCUGGUGACUAACUGAGUAAGGGAGUGUAGGCUGUAAUGUAUAAACUCUAGUGAGGUCCUUGGAUACCAGAUGAAGAAACCAAUUGCCACAUUGUAAAUUAUUCCACAAAGGUCUAUUUGUGAUUUUUUUUUUUUUUACUUUUUUAUGCCUAAAAAAAAAAUGUAUUCCUAAAGUCUUGUCCUUGUCAUUUUGUUGUUGUACACCAGAAACAGUGGGGCAGAUGUAUUAAGCCUGAAGAAGGCAUAAAGAAGUGAUAAGUGCAGGGUGAUAAGGCACCAACUAAUCAGCACCAAUAUGUAAAUUGACUGUUAGGAGCUGAUUGUCUGGUGCAUUAUCACUUUGCACUUAUCACCGCUUUAUCACUUUUUUAUGCCUUCUCCAGGCCUAAUACAUCUGCCCCAGUGUGUGCUCUGCUCUUAUAGGGCGAUUGGGAGUAAAGUAAAAGAGAGCACCUGGGCAAAACAUCCUGGAACGGAGUUAACGUGACAGCACUGGUCCCUUCCCAAUGCGUGAAUGUAUUUUUAACGUCAAAUACGAAUUCUAGUUGUCCUUGAAAUGGAAGACUCAUAGGAAAAGCUUAGGAGAUGCAAGAACCACAUGUUUAAUGGACUCACUCCUCUGGAACGGAUUUGUCAAAUUUAAAUAUCACCUGUGGCCUAGGUGAGUGUAUAUAAACAUGAUGCAUGAUAUUAUUCAGGGGUUUUAAAAUCUUAUUUCCUAAUUUCCUCAUAGUCCAAACUUAGUGCAUUUUUUGUGAAGUGACAGGCUGGGCCCCUCCAGCAAGGGCCGGCCUGGUUAUUUAGUUCCGGACACCCUUCACUACACCGCUGCUUAUCAUAACUACUAUAGUUGUUCAACAACAUAUAUAUAGAUUUAUUAUAUAUAUCCAUAUUAAGAUCUUUUAUUCUUUCCGGGUAAGUUUUGUGAUGUAGACCAUGCACCAUUUUAGUUGCCCUUCUUUGUACAGUCUCUAAUGUAUUAGUAUCCUUCUGGAGAUAUGGUCUCCAGAACUGAACACAGUAUUCUAGAUGAGGCCGUACCAAAGAUCUAUACAGUGUCAUUAUUACUUCUUUCUUUCUGCUGCUGAUUCCUCUCCCUAUGCACAUCUGAUACCUUCAUAGCCUCCUCCUAUCUAGCAAGUUCAGGAGAGCUGCGCCGAGACACAGUCAGCUAACAUCCCAAAGGUUACGGUUAGGCACUACUGCCGGGAUGCCAUACCGAACCCAUUACAAGAUACACCUCUUUGUCUUCAUCAGCUGCGGCUUUUACCUUUGAGUAGGAGGGGAGCUGCCGCUGGCCAGGUCCUGGUAGAUGACAGCGCCGCUGCUGCCACCGGCCGGGUCCUGGGAGAGGAGUGAGCCACUGCUGCCUGUGUCUGCCAAAUCCUGGAACUUUGACUGCGCAUGCGCAACCCCCCCGGUACAUAUGGACUGUAUCUGCUGCAGUCCAUAGAAUCCGGGGUUAGCGCAUGUUCAGUCAACUUGACGGUGCAUGCACUGAUCUCUCCGAGGGGAUCGCAGCCCGGUCUGGCAGUACCGGAGGUAGGAAACACCUCCCAGUGGGACUGCCUGUACUGGACUUGACUGGCAGGUAGAACUUCUAGUAGAAGUAAUCACUGCCAGUCACUGGUCUUCAUUAUUUUGAUUGUAUUUCCUAAAGGCCAUCUUUUUGCUUUCACAAUACUUGCUAUGCUACUUAUUUUGCAAACCACACCGGCCACCUUCUCCUUGUGCCUUUCGAUACAUAGGUCUGUUGCUCUUUGCAAUGCACUAGUGCUAAUGCGCUGUGCAUCCCGGGUCGCCUCCACUGGGCAUGCGCAAAAUCUCACAAGCAUCGCACAGCCCGGAGCCCAGCAGCUGCCUCAGCCAGGGACAGUACUGUCUCUGCAGUGGUCCGGCAACGACAGCUGCAGCUGUUGAAAUCAAUAGCUGCAGCUGUCGGAAUUGUCAAUGCCACUGACCAUUCAUACAUCUGGCAGCACAUCGGUCGUGUAGAUAGGAGCAAUGAAAAUUACAAGGGCGCAUAGUGUCCUGGUCAGUUCAAUAAUAUCUCCACAUUAAUACAUGGGGGAGAAGCUAUAUCGACGUGCAUAAUAUGCGCUGAUACCACCAAACCUCCUAACGUUAAAUAAUACAUCUACCCCACAGUCUGUAACAUGGCAGUUGGGAGCUGAUUCUUUGGUACUUUAUCUCUCUCCAGGGUUUGUUACAUCUGUCUCCCCCCUACCCCCAGUAUUAAUGGCAUUGACAAUAUUUGUGUACCUGUUUCUGUACUCCAGUUCCCCGGUUUCUGUAUUCUAAGUGUUUAAAAACUCUCAGUAAUUAAGUAGAAAACUCAGUCUUGGCCUAAUCACAUUAAGGGGUAUAUUCAAUAAGGGUCGAAAACUGCCGUCUGUCGAAAAAACGGCAGAUUUCGACUUUUUAAGGUCGAAUAGUGAUUCGACCUAUUCAGUCCCAUCCGACAAGUCGUGGAAUUCGACUUGUCGAAUAGUACGUGAAUCGGCGGUAUAGCUGCCGAUUCACGUAGUUAUAGCUGCUGAUUCACGUACUUUUGAGUGAAACGGGCCAAAUUCGACAGGAUUUGGCCCCGUUUCCGACCAUCUCAGUCCGACGUAAAAAAAAGUCGGACUGAGAUGUGGGACACAGAGGAGAAGGGGAGGGGGGGACACAGCCGCAGGGCAUACAGGGGAGAUCAGCACUAUAGCACAGCGCUGCAGCAGGAUGUAUCACAGCCGCGCCACUCACGGCAGCGUCCACCCAGGUCCAGCAAGUGAGGUCACGCUUGCAGGAGCCAGGUGGACACUGCCGCGAGGUUGGGCGGCUGUGAGACAACCUCCUGCAGCGCUACUGUAACGCUGCUCUCCUCCGUCUGUCCCCGCUGGUCUCCCCGCGGCUCCCCCCUUCCUCCUCCUCUGGGUCCCUCAUCUCAAUUCGUCUUUUUAAAAGUCGAAUUGAGAUGAUAUUAAAUAGGGGUUGUCGGAUCCAUUCCGACAAAUGCAUGUCGGAAUGGAUCCGACCCUAAUUGAAUAUACCCCUAAAUAUGGUAAAACAUAGUGGGUGGAAAGUACUGAAGCUGAAAUUGCAGCCAAAACCGCAGAAAAUCCUGUUUUCAGCAUUUUGGACGCAAUUCCUUAUGUACCAAGCUACAUGUUGCAAUACUUUCCGGAGCUUGGAACCGGUGAGUAACACCGUCUUUAUGCGUCAUUAGCCAAUAGAAGCAUAUGGGCUUUUUGUCACACUAUGAAAGAAACUUUAGAAUAGUAAUUUAAUAGACGUUCAGAAGACAUCGUCCCCCUGAUCAGGUGAAUAACUCUUAACAAAGAUCCUUUGUGAUUUUGAAGCUUGUAAUAUCGAUGUAACUUACCAUUAAAAGUAGUGUAUCAUUUAUAAACAAUGUUAGUUGUCCUCUUGUUGCAAAAACAAAAUAAACCAUGGUUACAUGUGA